AUGGACUAUUCGUACGACCUGGGCUACGCCAUCCUCGUUCAGGGAUAUGAUACUCGGACAGAUUUCGCUACAGAGCCCCGAAACCCAGAAGACACAGCUGAACUCACCGAAGAAAAUUUCGACCCUCACACCUACGUUGAGCAAGAUGGACAAAAUCAAUAUCAGGACUUCACUGCUGGUACAGCUUGCCGCCUGCAGCUUGUACACAGUGCCCCAGGCUUUGGAAGCGAUCACAACACCUAUGAGCUUAGCGCAAACAAUCUUGACGCAGGAUACUCUUCCUACUCGUCAUCACCGAGUGAACAAAUACCAGUGCCCAAAAUUACAUCAAUCGUGUCUUCUUCUCCAAGGACUGCCCACAUUUUCGACCACAUUGGUGCUUGGGACAACAACGGCUUCGAGAUUAAUUAUCCAGCCCCCAUUGAAGGCCACGAACACCCCGCCGAAUACCAGCGACUGAGGUUCAAUAACUUGCCUGGCAAGUCAAAAAGGUCCGAUUCGACCGAACGUCAACGGUCCAACAGUCCUGAGAACAAGAAGCGUGGAAGUAAGCAACCCAAGUCCACAAGAAAUAACGAGCCGGUCCGAAGUCGGCGACGUAGUGAGAGGAAUAAAUGA